AUGGCUGCUGACGUUUACAUCGAUGCUAUGCUCUCACACCCGGUUUUUAAGAUGGAGAAAGAGGAUUUUAAGAUCAGUGAUGGCAGCACGGAGUGUUUUACGGACCUGAGGGUGGGGGUCUAUAAGGAGAUCGUUCCAAUGGGAGUGGAUCCAGAUAUAAUCUCCUACAAACUGGCAGGAGUUCAUCUGGAGCCAGAAGAGUUCCACAGAGAGGUGGAGGCUGUUUUGGCUAAUGGGGAUUCAGACACCGUCCUUCUGGACUGCCGCAACUUCUAUGAGAGAGUUCAUCUGGAGCCAGAGGAGUUCCACAGAGAGGUGGAGGCUGUUUUGGCUAAUGGGGAUUCAGACACCGUCCUUCUGGACUGCCGUAACUUCUAUGAGAGUAAAAUUGUAAGCAGUUAUCUUUUAUUUAAUAAUUACUCUCAGUCCAGUUUAUCUAUAAAGGACCAGAUACCAACAGAACAAACAACUUUCAGAUGGUGUUGA